UGGACUAAAGAUGGGGGAGCAAGGUGAUUGGCUGGAGGCUAACAGAGGAGACUGGGCGGCCAUCUUGGAUUCCCAGACCCAGACGGGUGCAGCCAAGGGCCUGGGGGAUGACAUCACUGAGCAGGCCAGGACCAGAGGUGAUAUAGUGGAGGACAGUGGAUGGGACAGCGUCCUCAACUCUGGGCUGGGGAACAACACUGUUAACCAGAGAGACGAACAUAAAAAAACAACCGAACGUAGUCUCCAUGACAACAGACUGGUUGAGACCAGGGCGAGGCGUAGACUUGGUCUGCAGGGACGGGGAGGUGUCCGUAUGCGGCGGGAGAGAACAGACACAGACUCGGCUAGCGAUGCUCCAUCCUGCUCCUAUAGUUGUGAUUCAGAGGGGCUGAUGGUGCCUCAGGUUAACCCCCUAACAGGUGCUGCCUUCAGCCUGCCUUCUAUAGGAUCUAUCAACUGGAACAUGGACCCUGCAACAAUACAGACACUCCCUGGCCUUCGUCCUCCUCACACUCUCCUAAUGUUAAACCAGACCUCAGACAAUGCCAGUGCCUCAACACUAAAUGGCUACACAAGCCAAUUGACAAAUGACAGUAGUAGAGACGGAAUCAGUAAGGGUGGCAGCGCCAAAGAGAAGCGCUUCCCGUGUUCGUUCUGUGGGAAAGCCUUCAGUUUCCCCCAAACAGGUGGAGAUCCACCAGAGGAUGCACACAGGGGAGAAACCAUUCGGCUGCCACCUGUGCCGGGCCAAUUUCUCCCACUCAUCCAGCCUGAAGAGGCACCAGAGGCCCUUAAAGACAUGCGGCAGUACUUUGGCUACUAA